CUGUGAUAUCCGGUGCUGGCGGUAGAAUAGCUGUGUAGUUUGUUAGCUGCUGAUCUUAUUGGACCGUUUUAGGAGACAGAGCUCGAGAAUCCAGAGUGAGUCCAGCAGCCCCAGUGGAGAUCUGAGAGGAAUGGAGGAGGACAACCAGAACCAGGAGCAGCAGAGCAACCAGGUCCCCAGGAGACCAGCAGCAGACUGGGACUCUGAUACCAACGAGGUCCCCAGGAGACCAGCAGCAGACUGGGACUCUGAUACCAACGAGGUCCCCAGGAGACCAGCAGCAGACUGGGACUCUGAUACCAACGAGGUCCCCAGGAGACCAGCAGCAGACUGGGACUCUGAUACCAACCAGGUCCCCAGGAGACCAGCAGCAGACAGGGACUCUGAUACCAACCAGGUCCCCAGGAGACCAGCAGCAGACUGGGACUCUGAUACCAACCAGGUCCCCAGGAGACCAGCAGCAGACUGGGACUCUGAUACCAGCGAUGUUCAGGACAAGAGAGGAAUGGAGGAGGACAACCAGGACUGGGACUGGGACUGUGUCUCUGAUACCAACGAGGUCCCCAGGAGACCAGCAGCAGACUCGGACUCUGAUAGCAGCGAUGUUCAGAAACGGAGAGGAAGAAAGGGACCCAAACGUCACCACUGUCAACACUGUGACAAAUCCUACAAAACAUCUGCAUAUUUAAAGAUUCAUCAGAGAGUUCACACUGGAGAGAAUCUACACAGCUGUGAUGAAUGUGGGGCAGCUUUCACACACCAUUGUCACCUUAAAGCACAUCAGUGCAUUCAUGCUGGAGAUAAACCUUACAGAUGUGAUCAAUGUGGGACAGCUUUCGCACGACAGAGUAACCUAAAAAGCCAUCAACGUGUUCACGCUGGAGAUAAACCUUACAGCUGUGAUCUAUGUGGGGCAGCUUUCAAACGACAGAAUACCCUAAACAGACAUCAACACAUUCACACUGGAUAUAGACCUUACAGCUGUGAUCAAUGUGGUAAAACCUUUACUAGGAGUAGUGACCUAGUAAUCCACCGACGUAUUCACACCGGAGAGAGGCCGUACUGGUGUGAACAAUGUGGUAAAACUUUUGCUCGUAGUAGUAGCCUUCAAUCUCACCAGCGCAUUCACACUGGAGAGAAGCCGUACUGGUGUGAUCAAUGUGGGAAAAUGUUUGCUGAGAAUAGUAGCCUUAAAACUCACCAGCGCAUUCACACAGGAGAGAAGCCGUACGGUUGUGAUCAAUGUGGGUCAGCUUUUGCUCAGAGUAGUACACUUAAAACUCACCAGCGCAUUCACACGGCCUCUUGCUCCAAAAAGCUGGUUGCCAACCGCCAUUCAAAACACAAGAAAAAGAAGAAGAAGAAGAAGCUGCUGAUCUUAUUGGACCGUUUUAGGAGACAGAGCUCGAGAAUCCAGAUUGAGUCCAGCAGCCCCAGUGGAGAUCUGAGAGGAAUGGAGGAGGACAACCAGAACCAGGAGCAGCGGAGCAACCAGGUCCCCAGGAGACCAGCAGCAGACUGGGACUCUGAUACCAACCAGGUCCCCAGGAGACCAGCAGCAGACUGGGACUCUGAUACCAACGAGGUCCCCAGGAGACCAGCAGCAGACUGGGACUCUGAUACCAACGAGGUCCCCAGGAGACCAGCAGCAGACUGGGACUCUGAUACCAACGAGGUCCCCAGGAGACCAGCAGCAGACGUGGACUCUGAUAGCAGCCAUGUUCAGAAACGGAGAGGAAGAAAGGGACCCAAAUGUCACCACUGUCAACACUGUGACAAAUCCUUCACAUCGUCUUCAUAUUUAAAGAUUCAUCAGAGAGUUCAUACCGGAGAGAAGCCGUACAGCUGUGAUCUAUGUGGUAAAAUGUUUUCUCUGAGUGGUGACCUUAAAACUCACCAACGCAUUCACACUGGAGAAAAGCCGUACAGCUGUGAUCAAUGUGGGGCAGCUUUUGCUCAGCGUGGUCACCUAAAAUCUCACCAGCAUGUUCACACUGGAGAGAAGCCGUACGGGUGUGAACAAUGUGGUAAAAUGUUUUCUCAGAGAUAUAGCCUUAAAAAACACCAGCGCAUUCACACUGGAGAGAAGCCGUACUGGUGUGAACAAUGUGGAAAAAAGUUUUCUGGGAGUAGUAACCUUACAUCUCACCAGCGCCUUCACACUGGUGAGAAGCCAUACUGCUGUGAUCAAUGUGGGGCAGCUUUUACAAGAAAUGGUGACCUAAAAUCACAUCAACGCAUUCACACUGGAGAGAAGCCGUACAGCUGUGAACAAUGUGGGAAAAUGUUUUCUCACAAUAGUCACCUUACGAGACACAAGCGCAUUCACACUGGAGAGAAGCCGUACAGCUGUUAUCAAUGUGGGAAAACAUUUUCUCAGAGUGGCAACCUUAAAAGUCACCAGCACAUCCACACUGGAGAAAAUCCGUACAGCUGUGAACAAUGUGGGAAAACAUUUUCUGACAGUAAUAGCUUUAAAAGACACCAGCACAUCCACACUGGAGAAAAGCCGUACAGCUGUGAUCAAUGUGGGAAAACAUUUUCUCAGAGUGGCAACCUUAAAAGUCACCAGCGCAUUCACACUGGAGAAAAGCCAUACAGCUGUGAACAAUGUGGUAAAACCUUUUCUGAGAGUAAUAGCUUUAAAAUUCACCAGCGCAUUCACACUGGAGAAAAGCCGUACAGCUGUGAACAAUGUGGUAAAACUUUUUCUGAGCGUAAUAGCUUUAAAAGACACCAGCGCAUUCACACUGGAGAAAAGCCGUACUGGUGUGAACAAUGUGGUAAAACUUUUUCUCGUAGUAGUCACCUUAAAUCUCACCAGCGCAUUCACACUGGAGAGAAGCCGUACGGGUGUGAACAAUGUGGUAAAACUUUUUCGAAUAGUGGUAACCUUAAAUCUCACCAGCACAUCCACACUGGAGAGAAGCCAUACAGCUGUGGUGACUGUGGGAAAACGUUUUCUGAGAGUAGUAGCCUUAAAACUCACCAGCGCAUUCACACUGGAGAAAAGCCGUACUGGUGUGAACUAUGCGGGUCAGCUUUUUCUCAUAGUAAUAGCUUUAAAAGACACCAGCGCAUCCACACUGGAGAAAAGCCGUACAGCUGUGGUCAAUGUGGGAAAAUGUUUUCUGAGAGUCGUAGCCUUAAAUCUCACCAGCACAUCCACAGUGGAGAGAAGCCGUACUGUUGUGAACAAUGUGGGGCAGCUUUUGCUCAGAGUAGUCACCUUAAAAGACACCACCAGCGCAUUCACACCGGAGAGAAGCCGUACUGGUGUGAACAAUGUGGUAAAACUUUUUCUCGUGGUGAUACACUUAAAUCUCACAAGCGCAUUCACACUGGAGAGAAACCGUUCUGGUGUGAACAAUGUGGUAAAAUGUUUUCUGUGAGUAGUAACCUUAAAUCUCACCAGCGCAUUCACACUGGAGAGAAGCCGUACUGGUGUGAACAAUGUGGUAAAAUGUUUUCUCAGAGUAGUAGCCUUAAAAUUCAUCAGAGAGUUCACACUGGAGACAAACCAUACAGCUGUGAUCAAUGUGGGGCAGCUUUCAGACAACAGGGUACCCUAAAAAGACAUCAACUCAUUCACACUGGAGACAAACCUUACAGCUGUGAUCAAUGUGGGGCAGCUUUCAGACAACAGGGUAACCUAAAAAGACAUCAACUCAUUCAUACUGGAGACAAACCUUACAGCUGUGAACAGUGUGGGGCAGCUUUCACACUACAGGAAACCCUAAAAAGACAUCAAUUCAUUCAUACUGGAGACAAACCUUACAGCUGUGAUCAAUGUGGGGCAGCUUGCAUACUACAGGAUACCCUAAAAAGACAUCAACUCAUUCACACUGGAGACAAACCUUACAGCUGUGAUCAAUGUGGGGCAGCUUUCACACAGCAGAGUCACCUAAAAAGACAUCAACGCAUUCACACUGGAGACAAACCUUACAGCUGUGAUCAAUGUGGGGCAGCUUUCACAGAACAUGAUACCCUGAAAAAACAUAAACGCAUUCACACGGGAGAAAAGCCGUACAGCUGUGAACAAUGUGGGAAAACCUUUUCUCUGAGUGGUGCCCUUAAAUCUCACCUGCGCAUUCACACUGGAGAGAAGCCAUACUGGUGUGAACAAUGUGGGAAAACCUUUUCUCAGUUUAAUAACCUUAAAUCUCACCAGCGCAUUCACACUGGAGAGAAGCCGUACUGGUGUGGACAAUGUGGGAAAACCUUUUCUCGCAAUAGUGACAUUAAAACACACCAGCGAAUUCACACUGGAGAGAAGCCAUACUGGUGUGAACAAUGUGGGAAAACGUUUUAUGAUAGUGGUAACCUUAAAUCUCACCAGCGCAUUCACACUGGAGAAAAGCCAUACUGCUGUGGACAAUGUGGAGAAACUUUUGCCCAUAGUAGUAACCUUAAAAAACACCAGCGCAUUCACACUGGAGAGAAGCCGUACUGGUGUGAACAAUGUGGGAAAACCUUUUCUCGGGGUAGUACCCUUAAAUCUCACCAGCUCAUUCACACUGCUUCAUAGUGAACAUGUUAGUAUGUAAAUGUUGUUACUAUUCCCAUGUGAUUGCAGUAGACAUACAAUUUAAAAGAAAAGAAACAACAAAUUAAAUGUAGUUUGAUAUUACUUUAUACAAACAAAUAAAAACUUAUGCAACUAAAACCUGCAAAGUGCCAAGCUUUGGCCAGCUUUCAAAUACAUUUAAUUCAAGUAUAUAAUAAAAUAUUUUAAAUACAACAAGCCUUUUGUUGAGAGUUGGGUGGGAGUUUAGAGCAUUGAAAGAGUGCAUUGGUUGACUGUUAUGUUAGGUACUUUAGGUUGUUGUUGUUGGUCAACGUCUUUAAUGUUAAUCUCUGGGUGCUGGCUUACCUGCAUGGGAGUUCUCAAGUUUAUGGGGUUUCCAAAAUACUUAAAUUUUGCUUUGGAAAAAAAAUAUCUAUCAAGUUCUGUCUUCCCCUCAAGGUUAUAAAAUCUGAAAUGUGCCCAAACUCUCGUCUCCAAUGAGGAUGGAGCAGGUUGAAUAAUUCUGUGAGGUUUGCCAAUGUUUGCGCCAACUAAACAACUUCUGCUGCACUCGUUCUUCUUUUGAUUAUAACAAGAGCGCCCAGGCCCACGCCAUCUAUGGGAAUGGCGAGCUAAACUCAUUUCAGGCAGUCUUGUAUAAAGUACUCAAAAGCAAUACUUGAGUAAAAGUACAAGUAUCUUACCAGAAAAUGACUUUGGUAGAAGUUAAAGUCUCCUUUUAGAAUAUUACUUGAGUAAAAGUCUUAAAGUAUCUGAUAUUAACAGUACUGUUAUGGAACGACACAGGAGGAGGGACCCAAAAGCAGACGGCCAACACAAAAAGUAAAGGUAAAUGUUUUAAUGCGUGAAAUAUAUACAAUAAAUGUGCUGGUGGCAAAAGAGGGGAAGUUGUGUCGAGGGAAUCCAGUGGUGAGUGGUGGGUGCUGUGUGCUCUCCAGAGCGUGCCCCGUGACAUGGUGGGGGUGACCAUCUGGUAGGCCUCCUCCAGAGUCCAAACAAUUGAGUCCAAUCCGUAGAGAGAGAAGGGCAGGUGUGAGGAGCAGGCAGGCAGGCAGGCAGGCAGGCAAACGAACGAGCAAGGCAGGCUGCAACCUGAGACAAACAGAAAACUAAGUUAGCCACACAAGCAAGAACACAGGAAAUACAGGGAACUAGGAUAGCCACUAUACCACGCUUGUAGACUGUACGAUCUGGCGACGAGUGGAUCACAGAGCCAGCCUUAAGUACUGCAGGAGGUUGAUGAGGGAAUGAGCUUCACCUGGAGCCACCUGCCAGCUGAGCCACGCCCACAGCAAUCAGCACAGGCUGCCAUGAUGACAUCAUGACAAGUACUUAAGUAUCCAUAGCAAUUUUCUGAUAUUAAAUGUACUUAAGUAUUAGAAGUAAAAGUAAAAAAAAAAAAAAAUUUGAUUAUGAACUUU